GGGACUGCUAAUACGAUGUAAAGCCAAGACAAACACAGCCUCUCUCUCUCUCUCUCUAUGAUAAUUUUCUUUCCCUUAUGUUGGACGGAAUCCUGCUUUGAAAAAUCAACUUCCUUUGUUUUCUCGCUUUCAUCUGAAGUUUUUGAAAACAUGACAUAUUGACACUUCAACAGUUUCAUUUUCGCCGAACGCCUCAUUUCACCAUAAUCUAAUAUUGACUUGUUAUUCUUCUGAUCUCUUCUUAUGUCUUCAUCCCAUCAUAUCAAGUUUCAGAUAUCCUCCUCUGUUGUAGCUCCUUUAAUUUUAUGCAUGAAUCUCACGCUGCCAGUACUGCUGAUACGCCCUUUGCAGCAGAUCCCAUUCGAUAACACUCUCCCUAGCUUUUUAAUUUCCUUCUAACUUCAAAUUUAAACUGGGUUCUAUUUGUUGAGCUAUCAGGUGCUAUCUGGUGGUGAUGUAUAGAUAAAAUAUUAUAUUCGAGUAAUUUGAAAACACCUGUUUAAUCCUGAAUGAGGAUGGCAAAAGCUUCUUCAGCAUCCUUUUGGGGUAGUCGCGGUUGGAUUCUGAUUUCUGCAGUGAGUUUAGCACUUCUGGUGGCUUUUUCAAGAGCAUACUUUAGAGAGGGGCAGUUCAGCACAAAUGCCCAGGACUUGCACUUCUCAUCAAGCAAAAGAGUUGUAUCCAAAGGGCCUGGCCACCCUCCUGUUUUAGCCUAUUGGAUUUUGGGUACCAGUGGUGAUGGUAAGAAGAUACUGAGGCUGCUGAAGGCAGUUUACCAUCCAAGAAACCAGUACCUUCUGCAGCUUGAUGCCGAGUCUCCGGACAACGAAAGGAGGGACUUGGCGCUUUCGGUUCAAUCCGAAAGAGUGUUCGAAGCCUUCGGAAAUGUGGAUGUUGUCGGCCAGAUUUACGCCCUUAACCGGAUGGGGUCAUCGGCUCUUGGGGCUGUGCUUCAUGCUGCUGCACUGCUGCUGAAGAUCAGUGGGGAUUGGGAUUGGUUCAUCACUCUAAGCGCAUCAGAUUAUCCGCUUAUGACCCAAGAUGAUCUACUCCAUGCCUUCACUUUCUUGCCAAGAGAUCUGAACUUUAUCCAUUUCACCAACACAAGCCAGAAGGAGCAGAAGAUGAGCCAAAUUGUCGUCGACCCAAGUCUUCAUUUGCAAAAGAGCACUUCACUCUUUUAUGCUGAAGAGACUCGAGAAAUGCCUGACACUUUCGAGAUUUUUGAAGGUUCGCCAUGGGUGAUUCUCAGUCGAGCUUUCAUGGAAUUCUGCAUCCAAGGGUGGGAUAACCUCCCUAGGAAACUCCUGAUGUUCUUCAGCAAUGUGGCUUCCCCUCUUGAUUCCUACUUCCACACCGUCCUCUGCAAUGCACCGGAGUUUCAAAAUACCACAGUGAACAACAAUUUAAGGUAUAUCAUUUCGGAUAAUUCUAGGGAUGGGGAAUCUCAUGUUGUAAAGAUGUCACAUUUUGAUAAAACGGCAGCAAGUGGGGCAGUUUUUGCAAGGCCAUUUCAAGAAGACGAGCCACUGCUACAUAAGGUUGAUAUGAAUGUCCUAAACCGCCCGCCUAAUGGAAUUGUGCCGGGAAAAUGGUGCCAUUAUGGUGAAGUGAUGAAUAAAAGCAGAGAGAGUUCAAAGGGUCAAGAAGAUUUCUGUUCAACUUGGGACAAUAUUGAUGCUGUCAAGGCAGGGCCCUUUGGGACAAAGCUUCAAAAUUCUUUGUCCAAGCUGGCUGCACAGGGUAGAUUGAGAAUUAGUCAGUGUCACUGAGUGGUUGAUUAGAAAUGGAAAAUUUCCUGGAUGGGUGAAGGUGAAGGAAUUUUUUUUCUAACUAGAGCAACAAGUCAUAAGAAAUUCUUUUUGUAGUUUUUUGCAUUUUGUACACAUAUUUCUACAGCAUGAUUUAUUACUUUACAAAGGGAGAUUAAUGCUUAGGGCAGCCAUGGUCUAAUCUAACUAGCAUGGAUUGGAUAUGAGGUAUAUAUAUAUUUUGUGGUGGAAGUUUCAGAGGGUUUGAACUUUGAAACUAUUUCGAUCGUGCUUGGAAGAGUAGGUUUGAGCAGCAUCAGACAAGUAUGUUCUUCUUCUGUUCUUCAAUGAAAAAAGGCCAGAGAGUUUGCAGCCUCUCUAUCGAUAUUUUUAUGGGCCUUAGAGAGGUUAUAUUUUGCAUCUUCAUAUUAUCAUCUGUAUUGAAAAUGUGGGAAAAGAGUCUUAAAGUUUAGAACUUUGUGAUGUGAUGUCUUACCUGAUAUUCACACUCCGAAGGCUUCACACUUUUUGCAAAGUUAUUGAGAUAAACUUUGAGACAAA